AUGAAUAAAUUAAAAGCAUCGCAACGAGACAAGGUGCGGAAUUUUAUUCAGUGGACUCACAGCAAUGAAAAAAUAGCAAUCCAGUGUCUGAGCAGUCAGAAUUGGAAUUUGGAAUUGGCGUGUGAUGCUUAUUACCAAAAUCCUCAUUUGUACAUCUGUAUGGCAGAUUUAGUGGAUCACAGAAGUCUUCAUGCUUUUUUUGUCAAAUAUGCAAAUGACAGAAAAGAUAAUGAUCCGUCGUCUAUUGGUCCUCACGGAAUGCUACGAUUCCUGACGGAUCUUGAUUUGGAUGCAACUGAUCGAAAUGUUUUAAUAUUAGCUUGGAAACUGAAAGCGAAAACACAGUGCGAGUUUACUUGGGAUGAAUUCAGUACAGGUCUCAUUGAGAUGGGCGUAGAUUCACUGGAGAAACUGAAGGCCAAGAUACCUACGCUAAGCGAUGAAAUCAGGAAUCCUUGCAGUUUCAGAGAUUUCUACCAAUUUACUUUCAAUUAUGCUCGCGUCUCAUCUCAAAGAACUCUAGAUGUUGAAGUCGCAAUUGCUUAUUGGCAGAUUGUAUUUGGUGGCAGUUUUGGUUAUCUUUCUUUAUGGAUCAAUUUUCUUCGAGAAAAGGACGUUAAAAGUAUAUCGCGUGAUACGUGGAACUUGUUACUUGAUUUUUCUUUAACAAUUGCUCCGGACUUAAGCAAUUAUGAUACAGAAGGAGCGUGGCCUGUUUUAAUUGAUGAAUUUGUAGAAUAUGCAAGAAAUAAAAUAGAUUCAUGA